AUGCCUCGGGGGGGCCACAGAGGCGGCAUAUAUCCUAUUUCAGGCCUCCCGUGGGGCCCCGGGCAGCGCUACCUCAAACGCGGGCUGUACAGACACCAGAGGACGGACGUCUUUGUACCCAGGUGGGGCUGGAGGCGAGAGCGCCUCAGUUCUUCGCCGCUGCCCGACGGCAGCACGAAGAAGUGGGAGCCGGAGAGCAGCAAGGCCUGGCCCUUACUAGGACUUCCCCACCACCAGAGGAUGUACACCCGAAACGAGGCGCGGUAUCUGCAGCCGGCGCUGAGGUGUACGUACACCCCAGCAGUCGAGCACAUCCUCAACUUGUUGGAGCCAGCAGCAGCAGCAGCAGGCUGGAGAUACAGCGGGCUCGGCCGCCCCGAAGUUAGGCCUCCUGCUGCUUCCCCCCAGCAGCAGCAGCAGCAGCAGCAGCAGCAGCUGCCGCUGCACUUGGUGAAGGCCGCGAGGGAAGUCGAGCGCGAGGCCGGCCCUUUUGUGUCUUUGGCUCGUUUGCCUUUUUUGGAGAGGGGGCGAAUUGAUCGCCUUUGGCGAAUAGUCCAAGAAGCAGACACCUGGAGGUAUCCCCUUACGGGGGCCUCCUGGGGGCCCCGCGACAGGGGGGCCCCCGAGGCCCCCUGGGUGCCUGUGGGUUCGGGGGCCCCCCAGGGGGCCCCCGGGGGGCCCCCUGAGGGGGCCCCCGGGGGGCCCCCAAUAGUUGACGAAAGAGCAGCAGUGGUACAGGAGCUGCCGCUUGCGGAGUGUCUGUACACCCGAAGCAACCACCGGCUGCAGUCUAGAAGGCACCCCAUUUGGCAGCAUUUGAGAUAUAAGAAGGAUAAAGCCAAAAUCCCAUACCUCCACAGGUCAGCAGCAGCAGCAGCAGCAGCAGCAACAGCAGCACAUGUAGCACCAGCCGCUGCAGCGGCGGCAGCACCCGCAGUAGCUCGAGCAGCCGCGGCAGCAACGCCAGAUGUAGCGGCAGUAGCAGCGCCUGUAUCUGCAGCAGAAACUGUAUCUGCAGCAGCAGAGCCCUUGAGGGGAGCAGCGCAAAGUGACGCUUUGCUAUCGAUCGACAUGUGUUGCUGGCAGCAGCAGCAGCAGCGGCAGCAGCAGUGCUGUUGUGUUUGUGCAGGAGGCGCCUAG